AUGACUCUCACUAUAUUGUUAUGCUGUUUAGCUUAAGUCACAAUUUUACAAGCAAUCUCCUUUUUAUGUGAAUGUGUUCACAUAAUUCACAGGGAAUCUUGUGAGAAUUCUACGAAAUGCUUUUGGAAUUAAAGUGAAGAAAGAUGUUUAUAAGCCUCUGAUUUUUUAAAUCAGAAUCUAAUCACUUCUCACUGUGCUCAAUUUGCAGAGGAUGAUUGUAUACAAGAGAAAAGAUGUGCAUUCUAUUUGGGAAAAUGUAUAGAAUUUGUGAGGUGUGAGAAUUUUAUGUAAGAAAGAUGUGAUCAAGCUUCAUUGUAAUGUAUUUCUGAUGGCAAUAAAUGUAUGUAAAAGGGAUUAUGUUCUGAUUAUUUAACAUAGAUAGCUUGUUAAAAACUUAAUUCAAUGGAGAAAUAUUGUAAAUGGGUGAGGAGAGAUGGUUAGUAUUUUUGUGAAGAUGUAUAGGAAUGUAAUGAACUUCCUGUUCACUUAAAAUUGGACAGGGAUUGUAGAAAAUAGAUGGAGAAAUGUACAAUUUCAUUAAAUGGGGGGUGUGAGAUUUCUAAAUAAUUAUGCAAUUAAUAUACAAACAAAGAACAAUGUUAUUUUAAUUUAUAUUAAGCUGAAUGCUUUUGGGAUGGCAAUUUGUAAAAAUGCUUAGAGAAUAUUUGUAUAAACCGAUAAUCUUCAAAUUUUGAGGAAUGCUAAAAGAUUGAUCCUGAUUGCACAACAAAUGGAUAUAGAUGUAUUAAGAAAUUAGAAUGCGAAUAAUAUGAUAAUUCCUAUUCAUGUGUUGAGGAUUCAAAAGGGAAAAAAUGUAUAUUUUAUAAGGGAUAAUGCUUAAAAAAGAAUUGCCAGAGUGCUCCAAGUUUUAUCAAUACCAUGAUUGAAUGUUCGGUAUUUCAAAAUAGUGAUAUCGUUUGUGUUCCUAAAGUGAGGGGAGGAUGUUAAGAAACUCCUUAGUAAUGUGAUGAAUUAGAAACAGAAGACUCGUGUAGUUCUGUUAAGCAACUCUAAGGGAAAUAUUGUUUUUGGUAAGAUAAAUAAAAUGUUUGUAAAAUUAAAUAAUGUUCUGAUGCCCCUCUGUUAUACAGUCAUACGGAUUGCAUAGGUUGGCUAGAUGAUUAUGCAUGUAUAGGAGGGUUAGGGAAUGGUUGUAUUGAGAAUGUUGAUGAUUGUUCAAAGAUCUUAAAUCUUAAGAGUUGUGUAAAGGAUAAAUUGAAUAGAAAAUGCAUGAUCGAGAAUGGAUAAUGUUUAGAAGAAAUUUGCCAGAAUUUAUAAUUUCCAUUUUAUUAGUCAAUAUUAGAUUGUGAGAAUAGGUUAUCAAUUUGCACGUUUAGUGUUUACAAUAAAACAUGUAUUAAUAAGGAAUGUUCUCAUUUAGAGGAAAUACAAUGCAACUUUGAUUAUUCUUUUAAUAAAUGUAUCUAGUUACCUGGGUGUAUCCAUAAGAUAUGUGAAUCUGCUUCUGUUUAUUUUGGAACUCAUGAAGAAUGCGAAAACUGGAAUGUUAGAUGUACAAUAAAUGCGGGGAAAAUAAAUGGAGUUCCAUAUCGAAAUGGAUGUAUAACCAAAGAUUUCGAUUGCACGUAUUUUAAAUAUCAAAUAUAAUGUGUAAAUACAAUAUAAGGAAUACCUUGUUUUUGGAAUUCUCAAGGGAAUUAGUGUGAAUUUCGAAAUUGCAAUAAUGCUCCUUCAACUUUUCAAACAAUAGCAUAAUGCCAACAAUGGGUUUAAUAUCAUGAUAUUAAGUGCAUCCCUAAGGAGAAUGGAGGAUGCAUUCAAUAACACUAAAAUUGUUAGGGUCUAAGUGACAAAGUUUAAUGUUUAAUUGGUUCAGAGUAAGGAUUAUGUUAUUGGGAUAUUACAACCAAAUAAUGUUAAAAUCGUACAUGUGAAAAUGCCAGCAAUGCUACUUCGAAUGUAUUUUGCAAAAAUUGGUUGCACUCUUGUAUUUUCAAACCGCCUAAUUUAUGCUAAAGUGAUAAUGCAGCUUCUACUUUAUGCAGAGAUGCUCCAAGAAAAAUUGACUUUACAUCUCAUGAAGAAUGUUAAGCAUGGAAUCCUAAUUGCACACUUAAAUUAGGAUAAGCUUGUUUUAGUGAAGAUAAUUGUUCCGAUUAUAUUACUCUCGAUGAAUGUAAACAUAAUUAAAAGAUAUAUGUUUGUUAAUGGGAUAUUUCUACUAAUCCUGCUACUUGUAUAAAAAAACCCUGUACUGCCCUAAAUAGUUAGAACUCCGUAUGCGUUGCUCAUUCUCUAAUUUGUACAUCAAUUACCACAUCUGAUGAUUUGGGAAAUUAUUAUCACACCUGCGACAUAAAAUUACGCACAUGCUCUUUAAUUACGGACCAAGCAUAAUGUAAUUAACAUUCCGUUACUGAAAAAUGCUAAUGGGCUACUGUGGGGACUGUAUCAAGCUGCUCUGCCGUCCCUUGUAAUCAUUUUGAGGCAAAUUUAACUGAAACUAUUUGUUAAAAUAGACAAUUUAAUUGUUUUUUUAAUAGUAUCACCUCAAGUUGUGAGACGUUAGAGUCAUAUUGUCCAUUAAUGACUGAUAUUUCAUAUUCAGGUUGCUAAAGUAGCCAAAAAUAAUGUAUUCUAGACGAACCUUCAAAUAAAUGUGUUCUAAUCAAACAUUGUUCAGACACUACUACAUAUUAAGAUUAAACUUGUAGUGAUUUUUAUGGUUAUUGUUAAAGCAAGAAUUUUACAUCUGGUUGUUAAUUUCUAGCCCCGAAUUGUUCAGAUUAUAAAAUCAUAGAGAAUUGCAAAAUAAAUUUUAAAAAAGAGCAAUGUUAUUGGAGCUCUUCAUUAGGCAAAUGUAUAGAUCUCUCUUGUUCACUUAUAGAAGAGACUUUAACUACUCAUACUGAGUGUUAAUAGUUAUCAUCAGAUUGCACUUUAAACUUCCAUACCACACAUAGUUGUAUGGAUUUGGGUCGGUGUGAUCUAUAUUAAAAAAAAGAAUAGUGCUAUUUGGAUUCCAAUAAACAAAAAUGCAGUUGGAUCAAAAAUAAUUGUAUUUUGGAUAAUUGUAAGGCAGCUCCAAAGGGUAUUUACACGUUGUAGCAAUGCUAAGAGUAGUUUGGUGUAGUAUGCACAAUCAAUGAAGAUCGAUCUGGAUGUAUCAACAAAUUGGAUAAUUGUUCUCAAUAUAAUAAAUUCUAAUGUUUGACUCCAAACCAAGCCAAUAAUUCUGAAGUAGCAUGUUUUUGGGAUCAAAUUAAUCUUGAUUGUAAAGAGCAUCUAUGUCACAAGGCUAAUUAAUUAAUAAAAUAAUUGAUUGAAUGUGAAUAAUUUAAUCACAACUGUUAAACAAAACAAUGCAAAAUAUCAUUGUGCGAUGAUUACAAAUACGAUUUAGAUGUUCCUUGUUCGUUAGCUUUGAAAAAUCAUAAGUGUACAACCGAUGGCUUUUAAUGUGUAGAGAGAAGACUCUGUUCAGAUGCUAAUAUGGCUGGCUGCACUUUUUCAAUUAAUUAUUAAGAUUGUAUUUGGUUGGAUGAUGAGAAUCGUUGUGCUGAUAAAACUUGUAGUGUAGCCUCAAGAUCAUUGAAGACUCAUCAACAAUGUUAAGAUUACUUAGAGUAGUGUACAAAUAAGAUUGGAGGAGGCUGUGUAAUCAUUACAACAUGCUAGUCAAUUUCAUCAUCAGAAGCUUGUAUUUAUGAUUAGAAUAAUGAGUUAUGUGUGUGGGAUGAGUCCAAUAAAAAAUGCAUCUAUUUAUCAUGUUCUUCUAUUUGUGGGGAUGGUGUAGUAGGAAACGAAGAAUUUUGUGAUGAUGGUAAUAUACUACCCUAUGAUGGAUGUUAUAAGUGCAGAAUCUAAUGUUAAUAUGGAUGUAAUUCAUGCAUUAAACACAACUGUUUAGACUGUAAUUAAGGGUUUGAAUUAAGUCAAAAUGCAUAAUGCUUAGAAAUAUGCGGUGAUGGAUUAAAAGUGGGGUAGGAAGAGUGUGAUGAUAUGAAUACUAUCCCAAAUGAUGGAUGUUAUGAAUGCAGAUUUCAAUGUCAUUAAGAUUGCUUAGAUUGUAAUUUUGGUGUCUGUAAUAAAUGUGCAUUUGGUUGGGAAGAGUACAACACAUAAUGCAGAUCAGUUUGUGGUAAUGGUUUAUUAGUGGAAUCAUUAGAAUAAUGUGAUGAUGGAAAUACUGAUGAUGGUGAUGGGUGUAAUUCUGUCUGUUAAGUUGAAGAGGAUUGGGAAUGCGUGUAAUCAUAAUUUACUAAAAUAAGUGAAUGCAAAAUGAUCUCACAUCCUAAAAUCAUCUUAUAAAAUUUAUCUUAAAAGAGGGAUUCCUAAUAAAUUAUUAGAUUGAAAUUUAACUAAUAAGUUUAACUCAAAUAAUACCUUAGAUUCGAAGAUUUCAUCAAAGUCAAUGUUACUAAGGAUGUUGAUUUUCAGUUGUUAAUCCAGCCUAUUCUCGAAGCCUCUCUCUCACUUUAAUUUGUAGAAUACAAUUUCCAAAUAACUAUAUUAGAGAAAGUUGAAUAUCCACAAGUUUCCAUUCAAUUUAUCACUUCUAUUCUAGUUAAUUCAGAAAAAUAUGAACUUACUAAACUAAUGGAUACUAUUAGUUUAGGUACACCCUUAAUAUUGUCUCUAGAAUAAUACUCAAGAUUAAAUAGCACUAUUGCUUUUAACGAAAUUAUGAUAUAUAUCUUCAUUGGAUCCUCCUCGGUAUCUGUAUUAAUAGGAAAUUUAGACUUAUUUUUUAAUAUGUUAACACUCCUCCAAUAACUUUCAUAUGUUAGAUACCUGAGUGUUCCAUUUCCAUCACAUUUAGAUGAAUAUUUGAAAGUGUUUAAAGUAGUCUCUUUUUAACCUUUAUAUGAUAAAUUGAAUAUAGAUUCUCUCUUUCAAAAACUAAACGUUGGCAAAGCACCAUUUAUUAAAUCAAAGAAUGUGGAGAAACAGCAUACUGAAUUAAAUAAUGCCUUUUUUCUAGUAAAUGCUAAAAGUUUCUACUUGACGAUGUUUUUAUCCAUAUUUUGUUACUUAUUAGCUAAUCUUUUUAUUAGAUAAACUUAAUCCUUGUGUUAAAAAUUACUGAAAAUACAAAAAUUAAAUUAUCUUAAAUUCUUCAAUAAAAUAUUUAACUCUAUCUAAUAAUUUGCUCUUAAAUCUUCUAAUCACUUCAUCUACUCAGGAUUAAUCAAAGUAUUCAUUUCAUCACAAUAUUAACUAAUGUAUAGUGCAUAUAGUUAAUUUCCAGAAUAUUAAUUUAAAUUCGAAGUUGAAAGUCUAUUUGAAACAUUCAACUCUUUUAACGCUUUAAUUUGUAUGAUCAUACCUCAUAUCUUCCUAUUCAAGUCUGUUGUUGUCUUACGAAAAUAAUACAACUCAGAAAAUGUUAAUCAAUAUUCUAUUUUUUAUGAGAAUAUUAAACCAGAUUAUUGGUCGAGAUUCUUUAUCCCAUUCUCAAUGAUCAAAGUGUCCAUUUACAUGGCAAUUAUUUGCUUUUUAUUUAAUUCAGCUGUUAUUCAAUCAAUUUCAUUAAUAAUUUUAUGCAUUACCUUUUGUUCUUAUGUGAUUGUUGUAAAACCUGUGACUCAGAAAAUUGAAUUACGUAGACUAAUAAUACGAGAAAUCACCUUUUUAUCAAUAAUCACAUCCUUUUUCCCUUACUGCUUGAAUUUAGAUGAUGAAAUAAUCAAUAUCUUAGGUUGGGUUCACAUUGGAUUGUUCACAAUUAUACUAGGUUCUAAUAUAAUAAUAGAUAUAGUGAAAUAUUCCAUUCAGUUGAUUUCGUCUUAUAAGAGAAGAUAAAUCAAAGUCAGACAAUCUGAGCAACGUUAAUAUUUUAUUAACGGGCUCCAGUAAUUUAUAAAUGUGGACAAUACUUCUCAGAACAUUUGCAAUGGACAACUAUCUAUAGGUUUUGAAGCAUAAUCAAAUUACUAAAGCUAAAUCCUAUCACUUCGUUGA